CUCACUUGAAUUAACAGGAUGACGAUGGACAGCGGAGUCGAAAAGAGCCCGCUUAGCGUGUUAGGAGCAGCAGAACGGCAAGAGGACAGUAGACUCGGGAGCAGAGUUUGGGUGGAAUCGAAGAAGAUAUGGAGAGUGGCAUUCCCUGCAAUGUUGUCCAAAGUCGUGUUCUUCGGAUUCUUUGUGGUCACUCAAGCAUUCAUAGGUCACAUUGGCAAGACGGAGCUCGCCGCCUAUGCCCUCAUUCAAAUUAUUGGUGUUCGUUUCGCUGAUGAAAUCAUUUUGGGCAUUUCGAGUGCUACUGAAACUCUAUCUGGCCAAGCCUUUGGAGCCAAACAGUACCACAUGCUUGGUAUCUACCUGCAGAGGUCGUGGAUCAUCAACCUUGUGACUGCGACAAUCUUAGUUCCUAUAUUCAGUUUCACCGCAGCAAUUUUCAAGCUCCUAGGGGAAGAUGACUCUAUCACAGAUUCCGCGGGGUACAUCGCCCACUGGUUCAUCCCAAUGCUAUACUACUUCGUUUUCAUCUUCACCAUCCAACAGUUCUUGCAAUGCCAGCUCAAGACUAUCAUAAUCGCUUGGCUCUCCUCAAUCUCAUUCGUGCUCCACAUGUUCCUGUCAUGGCUAUUUGUUAUCGUGCUCAACUGGGGAAUCCCCGGUGCAAUGAGUGCCAUGAUCGUAGCUAGCUGGUUGACGGUGAUCGGAGAGUUUGUGUACAUCUUUGGAGGCUGGUGUUCAGAUACAUGGAAGGGGUUCACAGUAGCUGCUUUUGCAGAUCUGUGGCCUGUCAUAAAGCUUUCGGUUUCAUCAGGGGUGAUGCUAUGCUUGGAGAUCUGGUACACCGCAGUGUUGGUUCUGCUGGCCAGCUACAUGAAGAAUGCAUCAGUCACGAUAUCAGCAUUCUCCAUUUGUCUCAACAUCUCAGCGUGGGCAUUCAUGAUAUUCCUCGGGUUCCUUAUUGGUGUAAGUGUGCGCGUGUCUAAUGAAUUGGGGCGAGGGAACGCUAAGGCGGCAAAAUUUUCCAUUAAAGUGAUAAUGAGCACCUCUGUCAGCAUUGGAGUUUUCUUUUGGAUUUUCUGCCUAGUUUUCGACAGUCAAAUUGCCCACAUAUUCACGAGUGAAGAGGACAUUGCUGAAGAGGUUGCUAGCCUCUCGGUCUUGCUUGCCUUCACCAUUUUGCUCAGUAGCAUUCAGCCAGUCCUCUCGGGGGUGGCAGUUGGAGCUGGGAGACAGAGUAUGGUGGCCUAUGUCAACAUCGGAUGCUACUAUGUGAUCGGGGUGCCUCUGGGAGUUGUGCUGGGCUAUGUGGCCAAUCUACAAGUUCAGGGUAUAUGGAUUGGGAUGACAAUAGGAGGAGCAAUGCAGACACUGGUACUCGGCGUCAUCACCUACAGAACCAAUUGGGACGAGCAGGUGCUUAAAGCAUCCAAGCGGCUAGGUGCUUAA